AACUGUAACUGUAAAAGCUUUGUAGAUGUCAGCACCUUCAAGCAUCGUUGUUUUUAUUCGCGUAAAUAACCUUUUUUCACUGUUUUAAAAACGAAAUUUCGUUAUUCGCGCCGCGUUAUCAUAUUAUCCGUUGCACAUUUUAAAACUAAAGGUUUUGUAUACAUCCAUAAUUAAAAUGUCCAUCGCGUCCGCUUCCACCAGCGUAAAAUUCCACGAGUUCCCCUCCGGAAACGUCUUCCAUAACUACCAGCCCGGUCCCCAAAUCGACGGUCCCAUCCGCAGCAUCUCCUGGAGCAAAGACGGCAACUGGCUGGCCCUGGUUCCCUACUCCGGCCUCGCCGAAAUCAUCAGCAUCAAAGACCAGCUCAAGCUCAUCCACACCAUCCAGAGCAUUGAGGAGCCCUCGUGCGCGUCUUUCCAGAACACCACCAAGAAGAACAUCGCCAUUGGCACUAAAAGCGGCCAAGUGUUCGUCUACGACAUCAAGGCUCGCAAUGUGAAGAAGCGAUUCCCGAGGGCCACCUCGGUGGUAACGCGCGUGGAGUUCACCUCCAAAGACAACCACGUGGUGGCGGCGUGCGAAAGCGGAGAGGCCUAUCUUUACAGCCACGUCCAGAACACCCUGUCCGGGAGUUUCAAAAUUCCGAGGUCCCAAUCGAUAAGCGCUCUCAGGACGAAUCCGAUCAAGAGAAAUUACGUCGUAGCGGGAAGCAAUGAGGGGGUAGUGGCUGUGUGGGACAUCCACGGGAACAAGAAUAAAUUUUUCAUCGGCUCGCACAAAGCCCCAGUCACUGCGGUGGCAUUCUCACCGGUGAACUCGGACUUCGUCGUCUCCACGGGCCUAGACAGGCAGUUUUGCUUCUACGACAUCGGGGCCAAUAAGUGCAUCGGGAAUAUUUUUGUGGAGAACAGCAUGACAGCGGUUGACUUUUCGCCGGAUGGGAAAUACGUGGUCUUGGGCUCCCAGCAAGGAAAAAUCUACGUUUACGAUGUGAAGAACAUGCAACAACCCGUCUGUUCGUUUUUCGGGCACAACGGCGCCGUCGAACACUUGGCGUUCAGGAAGAGCGAAGACUACGAAACCAGCUUCAUGUCCUCGGAGGAGAUCAGGGAAUCCAACGCGAAUGAAACCCACCGAAGCGUUGAAUCCUUCAACAUCAUUUGCACCGAAGCAACCUCAGAAAAAAUACAAAGUUCCACAAAGCCUGAAGACUCCUUCCUUGCGGAGCUGGGCCUGGACAAAAAUAACACAAGUGGUUCUAGUGUCCAAGGCAGUUAUAAAUUGACCGACCAAAGCACCAAGCAUUUAAUGCUGAAAUACACCCCGAACAAUCCGUCAAAAAUCCUGCAAGACAAACUGUUUUCCAACAUGCAAACUUCAACACCCGAAACGUACAACUUCGACCUGAACCCUCCCCUGUCACCGAUCGUUACUCUGGAGCAAAAAAUGGACUGUGGUGAUAGUGAGAAGGCAAACACUGACGACUUGGCCAGAUUUGUUAAAACCACGAUCAGAGACGAGCUAAAAAUCGCAUCCGAAGAGCUAAAGACCGAGAUGAAGUACCAAACUACAAACGUUUUGUACCAAACGAGACAGCUAUUUUUGAACCUGAUGAUGGCCACUGUCAAGGAAUCAAUCAAAGUCGAGAAUCAGUUCAAUAGUUUACGCGACGAGUUGCUUUCGGGCGUCCCCCAAAGCCAGUCGCUCCUUGAAGAAAAUCUAAUGCUCAAGCAAAAAAUCGCCCUGCUUGAGGAGGAAAUCGCCCUGUUAAAGCACGAUUAGCGUUUUAAGUAUAUUUUUGUACCUAUUUUUCUACCAAUAAAGUAUUUUGAAAUUGG